UUGCAACCGGAUAGUAAUGACUUCCUGUGGCACAGCCAGAUUGAGCAGAAGCGCUUCCGGCAGCCUGGGACCACUAAUCCAAAAGCCAGUCUUCCGGGCCUGGCGCGACCCUCGCCUCGGGCCUUUCCGAGUCGUAUAGUCGCGCAGCCCAGCUCCUGCGAAGCGGCAGUGAAUAGUGCCUCCGUCCAGGUCCAGACCUCCUCGUCUCCCGGCUGCUCCGGGCAUCAGGAGACCCCAGGAUCCUAUGAUUGGCGCCUGUGCCUGCUGACCGUGACCGAGGAGCCCCGAGGGACCUGGACGUUCCUUGAGCUUGGUGCCUGUUCUUCGUCCUCUUUUCGGUCGGGGAUCUGGCAGUGGUCUUUGUCUUCUUCCAUAAUGCGUGGCAUUUGGUAAACAUUUGUUCAACUUGAAGAGACAUAUGGGCAAUGAAUCUGGAAAGGGAGAACGUCUUUGGUCCUACAGCGUUGCUGACACUGACAUAUUCUAAGUCGUGUUGAACAGCCUACUUUUUAUGUCAAUAACUGGCCAGACUUCAUAUUUUUCUACUACAGAAGCCUAUAAGAGAUUUAAGAUUUAAGAACACUGCUUUCGGUUAUCACUACAUUUAACGUGAAAGUUCUUUCUUAUUCCAAAAUGUUGAGAUACUGGGGAGAGAUACCAAUCUCAUCAAGCCAGACCAACAGGAGUUCCUUUGAUUUGCUCCCACGGGAGUUCCGUCUUGUGGAAGUCCAUGACCCACCCCUGCAUCAACCCUCAGCCAAUAAGCCCAAGCCCCCCACUAUGCUGGACAUCCCGUCAGAGCCAUGCAGCCUCACCAUCCAUACCAUUCAGCUGAUCCAGCACAACCGACGUCUGCGCAACCUCAUUGCCACAGCUCAGACCCAGAGUCAGCAGCAGACAGAAGGUGUAAAGACUGAAGAGAAUGAACCUCUUCCCUCUUGCCCUGGGUCACCUCCUCUUCCUGAUGACCUCCUGCCUUUAGACUGUAAGAAUCCCAAUGCACCAUUCCAGAUUCGGCACAGUGAUCCAGAGAGUGACUUUUAUCGUGGGAAGGGGGAACCUGUGACGGAACUCAGCUGGCACUCCUGUCGGCAGCUCCUUUACCAGGCAGUGGCCACAAUCCUGGCCCACGCAGGCUUUGAGUGUGCUAAUGAAAGUGUCCUGGAGACCCUCACUGAUGUGGCACACGAGUACUGCCUUAAAUUCACCAAGUUGCUGCGCUUCGCUGUGGAUCGGGAGGCCCGGCUGGGGCAGACUCCUUUCCCUGACGUUAUGGAGCAAGUAUUCCAUGAAGUGGGCAUUGGCAGCGUGCUCUCCCUCCAGAAGUUCUGGCAGCACCGCAUCAAGGACUAUCACAGUUACAUGCUACAGAUUAGUAAGCAACUAUCUGAGGAGUAUGAAAGGAUUGUCAAUCCUGAGAAGGCCACAGAGGACACUAAACCUGUAAAGAUCAAGGAAGAACCUGUAAGUGACAUCACCUUCCCCGUCAGUGAGGAGCUGGAGGCUGACCUUACUUCUGGAGACCAGUCACUGCCCAUGGGAGUCCUCGGGGCUCAGAGUGAGCGCUUCCCAUCUAACCUGGAGGUCGAGGCUUCGCCACAGGCUUCAAGCACGGAGGUAAAUGCUUCCCCUCUUUGGAAUCUGGCCCAUGUGAAAAUGGAACCUCAAGAGAGUGAAGAAGGCAACGUCUCUGGGCAUGGUGUGCUGGGCAGUGAUGUCUUCGAGGAGCCCAUGUCCGGGAUGAGUGAAGCUGGAAUCCCCCAGAGCCCCGAUGACUCAGACAGCAGCUAUGGUUCCCACUCCACUGAUAGCCUCAUGGGGUCCUCCCCUGUUUUCAACCAGCGUUGCAAGAAGAGGAUGAGGAAAAUAUAAAAGGAAAAGGGGAGAUGUUCUGUCCAGAUCCAGAAGACCCAACAGAAAACCUUGAUGUAUUCAAAUAUUUCCAUAAAAGGUGAUUUGACUCUUACUCUCAACCACAGAGCAAUUUCUGGAUUUCAGUGGAGAUGGAUUUAACAAAACAAGUUUGCAUUUUACUUUUACAUCCAGUUUUGUAGUUUUCCACAACGAAGCCAUCUUUUACAGACCGUUCAUGACACUGGGAUGAUAAUCAGGAGACAGAGCACUGUCCCGGUCAUCCUUACCAUUGCACAGCUAAGAAGUACAUACUGGUUGGCCCUGUACUGCACGGAUAUUGUACAGAUUGAGAUUGUUAUCAGACCUCCAAGCUGUGCUUGCAAAGACUCACAAGUAAAUAUAUGCUGAUAUAUCAGUUUUUUCACUGAACUUGCUUCACUUUGGGGUCGAAUCACUGGGAACCCGGUACUAAAACCUAACAGAAAAUAGCUAAUCCCCUUUUUAGUGGUCUUUUUUGAACAGUUUUUGCUGCCCAUGAGGUCUUCUGAACCCAGGGGUGUGUGGUGCUUCUUUGGCAGCCGUGUUUCAUCCACAUCGCUUUUUUUUUUUUCCUUUAGGGAAAAAAAAAAUUUUUAACAUUUAUUUAUUAUUGAGAGACAGAGAAAGAUAGAGCAUGAGUAUGGAAGGGGCAGAGAGAGGGAGAGACACAGAAUCCGAAGCAGGCUCCAGGCUCCAAGCUGUCAGCACAGAGCCCAACACAGGGCUCGAACUCACAAACCACAAGAUCAUGACCCAACCCAAAGCCAGAUGCUCAACCGACUGAGCCACCCAGGUACCCCUCCUUUUUCCUUUUAAUCUCUGCCCCCAAAAUGGGGCUCGAACUCACGACCCCAAGAUCACGGGUCACAUGCUCUACCAAAAGCAGGCACCCUUCUCCUUCUUUAGACUUACUCCAUCUACCCUCAUCCUUUUUUUGUCAUUUUCUCAUUUCCAUGCAGCUUUUAAAAAUAUUUCACCAUGUACUUUUCAGUUGUUUUCUUAUCUUUAUUGGGAAUGAAGUAAACAUGACCUGUCCAAGGACAGACUUGCACGGAUUCCAUUUGUUGCAUCUACUUGGCCAUCAGAGGACAGCAGUCCUUCCUUUGCCAGAAUUCCACAUCUGCAUUGUGUUGCUACUGGACGGGCAGCCUCCAAAAUAACAAUAGUAUACACAUCUUUCUCCUUUACAUCAUGUCCUCAACUUUACAUUAUUACUCACCCAUCAUAGUGUUGCCCUGCCUGGCAUCUAAAAGUCUCAGUAUUUAUUAAGUGAAUGAUUACCACUGGAAUAAUUAGGAGUAAUUGGCAAAUGUGUGGUUUUUGCCUUGGUAAUGGGUGCUGGUAUGUUAAAUUCUGCUGAAAUUUGUUUUUUGGGUACAGUCUUUUGAAAUUUACCACAUUCUUUUAAUAGGGACCAAAAUCAAGGCAUGGCUUUAAUUAGUACAUUAUUGAAUGCCUUAAAUGUCCCAGGUGCUGAGAAUAAAAACGAAUGCAACAGCAGUAAAAUGAGGUUAUAAACUAUCAGGUAACUUACAAAUUUGCUAACUGUACAACCCUUAGCAUGCUUAUCUAAACUCCUAUUCCAGACUCAGUUACCUUCACUUUCCCCUAUUUAUGAAAGUAGACAUCAAGCAGUUUCCAUAAAGUAGCCAUCUAGUAUUUAAUCCAUUCAAUUAGCAAGCAUUUAUUGAGCAACUGUUAUGUACUGGUUCCUGUGCAAGAGAUACAGAGAUGAGUAAGACUGUGUCCCUGUCCUUAUGGAGCUUUCAGACGAGUUAUUUUUUAAAGAAGUACUCAAAGGCACUAAGCAGAAAAACCAAAUAUAUUCAGUUUGCUUUGUAAAUGUUUUCCUCUUGAACAGGUUCAAAAAAUUUUUUUAACAUUUUAUUUUUUACAUUCAUCAUGCCACGAAUUCAUAGGGAAUGGGCUCCAGCAGCUCAUGCUUCUUUCCAUUGGUUCAAAGUGUACUUCUCUUGGGGCGCCUGGGUGGCGCAGUCGGUUAAGCGUCCGACUUCAGCCAGGUCACGAUCUCGCGGUCCGUGAGUUCGAGCCCCGCGUCAGGCUCUGGGCUGAUGGCUCGGAGCCUGGAGCCUGUUUCCGAUUCUGUGUCUCCCUCUCUCUCUGCCCCUCUCCCGUUCAUGCUCUGUCUCUCUCUGUCCCAAAAAUAAAUAAAAAACGUUGAAAAAA